UAUAGCGUAAAAUGCCAUAAUAAAACAUCCAAUACCAUUGUUACAGAACGAUGACGGUGAAGAAGACCACCCGCAGCGGCGGUUUCGCUGCGUGCGUCGCGCGACAGAAGCUCCACAACAACAACCAGUUCGACAUCCUCACCAUCAAGCCUACCAACCCCUCCACCUACAACAUCGUCGUCGGCUUCAACGAGAAAGACCAACUCCAACUCCUCACAAAGGACGACGAAUUCAUAAAAGAAUUUUCUGAACUCAAAAACAAAUACGAAAACAUCUCCAUCGACGACAUAACGAAUUGCGUCAACGUCGAAAACUACCCUAACUGCGAGAACACUCUAGUCUUUUACGUAACCAAAAACCUGACGAAAGAAGCGAUAGCCCUCAAAUUCGAAAACGAGCAGGACUUUAAAAGGAUAUACUUUACGUACAAAUAUUUCAAAAUGCGUAAUCGACUGACGAACAAUGCCAACAAUUACGCGAGUAGCGAUAAUUUGUUUUCGAAAAAGAAGACGUACGAGAUAUUUAAGAAUAGGAAAAAUAGUAUCGACGAUUAUAGUUUCGAGAAGAGUCGAGCGGAGUUCGAUUUAAUGCAGACAACCGAUAACGACCUGACGUACAUGACGGUGCAGCAGAAGAAUUACAAUUCCCGAUUCGAUCAGCCGAUGAGUCUCAUAGACAUCAGGAGCGAAGAGCCGGGCGAAAUCGACAGUGUCAUAUAUACUAACGUAGACAUACCAGCCAAACCCGAGAGGAAAAGGCUGUUCCAUAAAAAACCUAAAGCACCACCUCCACCAGUACCUACAAAUAAUAAAGAUAAUCAAACGAAAGUACUUAAAGGAGAAUUCGUUAGAGUGAAUGUUGAAAGAGUUCCGGAUGUGGUUCCUAAGGAUAACAAACAGAGCAAAGUCCCUGAUAUCCUCAUGUUUAGAGAUAGUAAACCUAAGAAGAAUGGUGCCAGCAAUUUGUGGUCGGCCAGUAAUAAAGUGGCGACUGGGUACGAGUCAGACCGCGAAGAAUGGCGGAGCAGCCGCUCGCAGUUCUCCACCACCGCGUUCGACAGCCUCGCCCGCCCCACCAAGAUGGCCAUGGCGCUCACCCUCCGGAAACCCCCCAGGAUCGACCCCGUGCCCCAAUACUACCGGCUGGCCAGCGACCCCAAGCCUAAACUCACCCCUCUACCCUUCAGGCCUAACAACUUCCUCCAAAGACCACCCAGGCUCCCAAGACCAACCACCGAAAUCAAAAGAAACAUCAACCUAACCACAGACCCUCGCAAAUACGCGUCGCUGCAAAACCUCGACUUACCCAUAAAGUUAAGCGAGAAGAGCAAAACCGAGCCGAAGAAAACCAACUAUUCCAACAUAUCACAUCGGAUCACAGGCUUAACCAACAAGCUGAGAGACCUAGGCAGUCCCAGCAAUACUAUUGGAAGGUUUAAAGCUCAGUCACAUAAUGAUGUGGCUAAUUUAAAGCCAGUACUGAAGACUAGAGACGGCCACGAUGGCUCGAAAAGGUCCGUAGUAAGGACCUGUAGUGCUGAACCGCCAAAGAAAGUUACAUUCAGUGCUUUUGCCACAGUCCAAGUGGUUUAAUUUUUAGUUGUAUCAUACGUAUUUUAGUUUAACUUUAAGACAAGGCUAGGCCGGGAUUUCUGUGUAAAUACAAUUGUAUAAAGUUUAUCUCCGCAAAUAGAACUUUUUAAAAGUUAGUAUUUUAGUCAAAAUUAUGUGUGUUUUUAGAUGUGUCUUAAAUGUAUUAUAGUUAUUUAUUAUUAUUUUAAAAUGUACUAUAUCUACUUAUUGUGCCUACUUUACUUCACACAGUGUGAUUAUAUUGCACCGCUUUAUAUCAUUAUAUCUUUAGUUAUUUAUUGAUACGUUGCACCUAUAUAAUACGUAUAAAAAUUAAUACAUGAUCGCCUCGGAAAUAGAAGAAGUAGAUUGCUUAAUGAGUUCUGGUGGCUCUAAAAUAUUAAGAUUAAUAAGAACAUUAUUAGCCCGUGCUACGUACGGUGGUGUUCAUAAAAGCCAAAAUACUUCGACUUAUUUGCUCAAAUACUUCUCUACAUCUUUGAAAAGCAAUACACGUAUUUGAGAAUAUACCGCAAAGUGCGUAGCGCCACCACCUCGUGUUGAAGAAUAGAAAUGCCACCAAUCUUUGUGAGAGAGAUUGCAGUCGGACCAUUUCGGAAGAAAUAAUGAAAAUGGAUUGUUAUUUAUGUAUUCUAUAAGAAUAUCUAUGAUAAGUAGCCAUAAUAUAAGUAUUUUUCAAUGUGAAUUGGUUUCUUAUCUUGUGUGAAUCCUAGUCGAUGCUUGCUUUUACAAAUUUUUUGGUGCAAAAACGUGGUUUGGAAGCUUGCUUUGUGUAUUCAAUUUUAUUUCUGUGUAUGUUAUGUCUGUUUUUAAUUGGCAUUAUGCGUGCGACUGAUAUUGAGUGAAUGAAUAUUUUUGAAAUUAUAAUGGAGUGUUAUUGGAAGGUGCUAGUUAGCUAAGUUUAUCGCGCGUAGGAAAAGUUACACUUAUAUAAAG